UUUUAAAAGUCUUUUGCUAUUUCAUACAAUAAAUUGAACUUGAUAGAAAUUGUUACCAACGACAAUGAAAGUCAUGAAAAUGGAGGAACAAUUUUUCACUUCGAUAAAAUCGCAACAAAAAAUUAUGAAGGAAUUUAGUGUUUUUCAUUUAACAUAGUGCCUGGAUUUUAUUUAUUUAUAUAUCCAAUAAUAUCGUACAGUGAAUGAUGAUUAAUAAACAAACAAAUAAGAAAUAAGUGUGCGAUAAACUGAACGUUAAAAAUGUGCAAAAGUUCGGUCGCCAUGAUCUGCCAGGGUCCCGAGAGCGCGAGUGGUUGACAGGGUUGAGGUUAGAGAGAUUCAUUUUUUUCUAGGUAAAAAGUGCACCAGCUGUUUGGAAGGGGGUUCGAAGAGGGAAUCAACAGCAGGGAGGGGGGCUGAAAAGAUCGGAGAGGACAGAGGAGCGAGUAACUAACCGUUUGCGAAACAUUGGACAAUCGUUUUUCUUAUUCUUACUCUUCGGUCCUUUACACACGUUUUUGAAUAUAAGUUUUCGUCUAUAAAAACCCUCUGCAUACGGUGCAAAUUAGCAGUUGACGAACGAUAUUCUUUCUUUUAAAACACAAAUUUUCAUUCCCCAUAGUUUACUCAUGUCUUCAACUCAGGACGGAGAUACUUCAUCCAAACCUUUGAUUUUUUUCUGAUUUUUUACAAAAAAAAAACUCGUGAUCGAAUCAACAUGAGCGUACAAGCGUUCUGACGUAUCAGAGAGCGAGAGCAAAGAAGGGACAAACGAAAUAAAAAGCCAUGCAGGAGAGGGUUUCUUUUGUGGUGUGCGUAGCUUUUUUUCUUAUAAGACUCGUGUAAACGGUGCGUGAACUCGUAUGUGUGGAUAUAGCGAGCACAGUUGAUCGCGUACGCUGCGUAGAGGCACUCAGCUGUGGCCUAUGGUCUGUGACAGUAUGUGACAGGAGAUAUAUUCCUGUUCACAACAACAAUUAAUAACAUUGAAAAAUCAUAAUAAUAAAGGCUAAAAACAACGUAAUAGUAGUUGAUUUUGGUGGAACUCGCGACAUGGAAUUAUUUUCGACAAUCUACAGUGUCUAAUUAAUCAACAUAAACAAUAAUAAAGACAUCGUGAUUUUCAAACAAGAUAUUCUUUUUGUUACGACGAAACCGUUCUAGGUCUAACUGCGAACAUUUAGUGUUUCGAGAAUCGUAAAAGACGAGCGAAAAAGAGAAAUCGAGACGCACGGAUAUAUUGUGCAUUCAUGGAACGUAUCGUACGUCUGAGAUUGUGAUCGCGUUGAUUUUCGCGUUCUCGCUAAUUCGUUCCUUUUUAUUCUUUUUUAUGUAUCCACCGUCCAUGAUCUCUACAUUUUGUCCCGGGGAACUCGAGAGGUGACGAAACAAAAACUCGUAUUUGUUUUCGUCGUGUACUCAGAAGUUUUCCCUUGAGGACAACGAAACGAGCGUUUUUAUUUGUUUUUUUUUUCGGUUUCUUUCCGUAUAACCGCCAACAGUGACAAUGGGAAAUUGUUUGAAAAGCAAUGGUGGCCAACAGGACAAUGCUACGUUACUGAGUAACAGUCCCGAUCCGGCAGUCACAGGGACAGCCCCGCAAGAAGCAAUGCAACCAUUGUCGUUCAAUGAGGUGCCAGGAUCAUAUUAUCCUUCGCGCACCAACAGGCCAAGAUAUCUACAAUCGAUGGAUUUGAGCGUUGGUGAUAAUUUGAGAGUAGGUGUUGUAAUGUCUCCAAGAAAUGUUGGUGCUUCGGGUCUGCUGAGCGAAGAGGAACAGAAGAUGAGAAUCGCCAAGCGCAUCGGACUCAUACAACAUUUACCGACACGCGAGUAUGACGGAACAAAGAAGGGGGAAUGUGUCAUAUGUAUGAUGGAAUUGACCAUUGGCGAAGCGGUUCGUUACCUACCAUGUAUGCACACUUACCAUGCGACGUGCAUAGACGAUUGGCUCCUGCGAUCACUCACGUGUCCGUCCUGCAUGGAGCCCGUGGAUGCAGCAUUGAUCAAUUCUUAUCAUCCAACAACUUAAUAGCUCGUCGCAGGUGUGACGAAAAUAUGGUUGGGUGGUAGAAUGGAACGGGAAUGAUUGGAGAAAUUCACAAAAAAAACGGAAAACAGUGAGGAAAAAAGUAAAAAUGGAAAAGGUUUUGCCACCGCCAACAUUUUUUUAUGGUCAGUGACCUAGAAAUCGAAAUUUCUCAUCACGGGAGCUUGCAAGAAUAUUGAAAUAUUCUGAGAGCAAGAGCUCGAGGGAACGUGAAAGCUUCUCUUCUAAGUCGCCCUCGGUAUUAUUUCGAGAAUAAAUUUUAAAAAACUAGUAAUAUCGAGAAUCCCUUUGUGCAAAAUAUUAGUAUUCUUCGAGUUUGAAAAAAAGUGAGAAAAGGAGCUUAGAAGUAACACGAGACUUUCAUUGCCCCUCGGAAUAUAUCGUAUUAGUUAAUAGCGAUCGAGUCAGACUGAAUUCGUGUACAUAAAUGCAACGGGGAAAACGAGAAUAUCAUAGUUAAGGAAUCAUCUUGUGUAGCACUGAUGAUUGUCGAUUUAGACAAAACUAUAUAUACAUAAGAUAAUGUAAAGAACUCGCCAAAUUUCAGAGCUCUUAUGGAGUUUUGUCGGCUUAGUUUUUUAUCGGAGUGCACGUUUGCGCACCCAAUCAUUGUUUCGUAAACGCAAUCUUUCAAUAAUCUAGUGCAACUAAUUUUACAGCAUUUACGGCUUAAAAUCUACAGUGUUGGAAUAUUGUGGCGCGCAUUGUUUAUACAAUGCUAUUAAAAUUUGCAUACUUGCACCGAGCAAUCCUUCGAUAGGUUAAAACUGAAUUUUCAUUCCGAGCUGCAAAUAGUGUUCGAAUUUUGUUCAACUGUCAAACAAUUGAGAAUGUUUCAAACUUUCGAACAGUGGAACAUUAAAAGAGAACUUAAAAUCUGAAGAGAAUCAAUCGUUAUGCAUCGAUACAAGCUUUAACAACAUUCCGACAAUGGGUGCGUAAACGGCCUAGAGCAUAGCACGCUAAUAAGCUCUGAAAUGGGCAAAAUCUAGUUUUCCAAUUAUAUUUGAAAAGAAAAAUCGAAAUGUCUACUAUUUUUUCAUUGCUAUCUUAGGCUAUCUCUGAUGUGUCGUCACCAAAGAACUCAUAAAUUAAUUCGAUAAAAUUUAGCUUUCAAUCCUUAGAGACUAAAUCAUAAGCCGGUGAAAACUUUUAUUUUGCUCAUUUCUGCUUUGGGUACUCUUAGCAACAUCGUUUCCUGUCGCCACCAAAAUUCUUUGGAGAAGGACGAGUACACGAGCCAUUUGUUUCGAUUUAAUUUCUCGAGAUCCCACGGGAGGAGCUUCAUACAUUUUAUUCCGAUUUUUUAUCCAACGAAACGUUCAUCGUCAUAAAUUCGACGUUAUGCCUACGACUGAAGUCGAGUGUGAUAAAUAAAACAAGGGGGGCAAUUCGCAUCAGAUUUACAUCGAUUCAUAUAAAAAUCGUGUUUUGUCCCUACGAAAAUUUGUGACUAAAUUGGUAUGGACUAUAGAACGUUGUAAUAACUCUGCGUCCCCAGUUGAACGAUCCUUUGACUAUGUAUCUCGUAAUAUUCGACAAAAAACAAAGCAUAUCUUUUUUCAACGAUGUAUUCUCGUCCCCGGAGCGAAAAUCCAGUUAGAAAACGGAACAAAUAACAACGUCGUCGUACGUUGGUCCCACAUCACGUUCAAAUUUCAACGAGUUUUAUUUAAAACUGUAGUGAUAAUAUUUGUAGAUGAGCGUGUGAUUAGUAGUAAGCGGACACGCGUUAAGUGACGAUAAAAAGAUCCUUCGCCAAAAAGCGCUGGCGAAAAGUGAAUUUAGAAAAUGUUUUCUUUUGAUUUUUUUAAAAUCGUAACGACAUUGAAAAUGUAUAUUUUACACCAACGAUUCGAAUGCUUCCUGUAUUUUUUCUUUCCUACAACGGAAGUUCGUCGAGAUGAAAUGAAUAUUGGCUUCUCUGUUGGGUCGAAGUCAGAUUUAUUAAAAGGAAAACCAAAAGAUUCAAUAAAUAGCGAUUUCGAUGUAAUAACUGAGAGUUCAUCAAUAAGGACUUCGACGAUAGAGCUCUCUGCAAACGAAAAUUCGAAAAUGUUACGAACUUUUCUCUCAGAGGAUCAAAAACAUUGUGAGAACGAAAAAUAAUCCUAUAAACUCUAGAUUCUGUUUGAAAAACAAACAAACUAAACAAAAUGAUGAAGCUAGAGGCUGUCGAUGAUACUGCAAACAUAUAGAUAGUUAUAAACUAAAAUAAUAUCGACAGAAAACUGAUGAAAAAUAUAAUAACGAAAGUGGCGGUCAUUUGCGGUCACAUGCUGGAUUCGUUGGACCCGACACGCUCGUUUCUCAACACCUUCGCGCCUGCCUCUCGAUUAUAUAUACAUACACGAAAAAUACAUAUAUAUAUAUAUAUAUAUUAUAUAUAAACUAUUAUAACUUCAAUUCGGUCUGCGAAAGAUAAAUUGUAAAAUGAUGCACGGUUCAAGGGAGUCGUUACCAUUCUACGAGGUGGACAAAAAAUAUAUAAAUGUAUCGCAUAAUCGGUGUAGAACUGUAAGCGAGUACCAUUUCAACGCGUACGAAAGCUUGGCUAAUUAUUCAUAUUUGCUAGUUUAAGUUUUCGGUUCGAAUGGGAAGUACGGAGCUGUGAAAAAAAUAUAUUAAAAAUAAAUAGUAAUUUGUUGACGAAAUAUAUAAAUACACGAAUAGGAGUUUAAUACAAAAAUAUAAAUAUUUAGUAACAAA